CAGAAGCCAUGCGCGUGCGGUGAGCGUCCGCGCCUGCGCGUUCCGCGCGACUACUUUAUGAGAGUGUGCGAAGGAGCGCCAUGUGGGGAGCGCGCGCGUGGCUCGUGCUCGCGGCCGUGGCGUGGUGCGCGCGCGCCGGCCCCGGCCCGCCCGCGCCCGCCUCCGCGCCCGCUCAUGCGCCCGCGCUCGCCUUCGCCCAUGCGCUGUACAACCUCAGUAUACCGGAGAACAGCGCUCCAAGAACAGCGGCGCUCCCGCCACCCGCCUCGCCUCCGCUCGGCGUCCGACUCCCGUCCGGCGCGCACGUCCGGUUCCGGAUCCGGCACGGCGACAAGGACAAGUUCUUCAAGGCGGAGGAACGUGCUGUGGGGGACUUCGCGUUCUGCUUCAUCAGGACGAGAGCGGGGCACGCUGACGUGCUUAAUAGGGAGCGGAAGGACUUUUAUAAACUCGAAAUUCGUGCGACCGCUCAACUGCCUUCCGGAAAGCAGUUAGAAGCGGAUACGAUCGUAGCCAUCACCAUCACCGACGUGAACGACCUGAGUCCACUCUUCUACCCCACAGAGUACGACGUACUGAUCCCAGAGGACACGCCAGCACACGCCAGCGUCGCGAGAGUGUCUGCCGAAGACGCUGACUUAGGAUUAAAUGGGGAAAUUUAUUACAGUAUCGAAGAGAAUACUGACCAGUUCGCAGUACAUCCUACUAGUGGUGUGGUGACUAUAACAAGGGCGUUAUCAGCGUCCGAACGCGCUCGACAUGAACUUACAGUCUUAGCGCGUGAUCGACAGUCUUUACUAGUGCGUGGUGAGGAAGCAACAGCAGCACGCGCUUCGUUAGUUGUACGAGUAGCUCGAGCAAAUCUCCACGCGCCGGAACUACGAGCUCGGCGUUUACCUGAACUUGUUGAGAACUCCUCAGCAGAAGUCUACGCUAUCGUAGCCGUAACGGACCGCGAUUCCGGCGAACACGGACGGAUCGCGUCAGUGGAAAUCGUUGGGGGUGACCCUGAUGGACAUUUUCGUGUUCGCCCUUCAGCGCAGCCUGGAGAGUGGGAUGUGCUGGCUCAUGCUUUAUUAGACCGCGAGCGGACGCCAAGAGGUUACAAUUUAACUUUACGUGCUAAGGAUGCUGGCCGUCCUCCGCGCUCUUCCUACUUAACUUUACCUGUAACUAUAACGGAUGCCAAUGACAACGCUCCGGUAUUCAGUCGAGAAUUAUACGAGUGUACAGUUUCAGAAACAGCACCUCCAGACACGCCCGUAAUAAGGCUAAAAGUAUCAGAUAGAGAUGAGGGACGCAACGCGCGAGUAUACAUAGAAAUAGUAGGUGGGAAUGAAGGUGGAGAGUUCAGGAUUAAUCCCGAUACAGGAGUUUUAUAUACAGCGAAAGAAUUAGACGCUGAGCUUCGAGCGCUUCAUACGCUAACAGUAGCUGCCGUAGACCACGGAAAUGCUGGCACGAGGAAACAAAGCUCCGCUAAGGUCCAGGUGGCAGUUCUAGAUGCGAACGAUAACGACCCUGUCUUCGAGCAGGAUGAAUUAGAUGUAGCUGUGCCUGAGAACGGCCCCGCGGGUGCUGUGGUGGCCCGAGUAACCGCUAGAGACGCAGAUUCUGGAGAAAAUGCCUAUAUUUCGUACAGCUUAGCUAAUUUACAGCCUGUACCCUUUGACGUGGACCACUUUUCUGGUGCAGUGCGCACCGCUAGAGUAUUAGACUAUGAGAGCAUGCGACGCGAUUAUAUGUUAAGAGUGCGCGCUAGCGACUGGGGUCUGCCGUAUCGGCGGCAAGCAGAGUUAAGACUUCGUGUGAGGCUGCUUGAUGUGAACGAUAAUAGACCGCAAUUCGAAAGAGUGGAUUGCGUUGGUUAUUUACCACGUCGCCUGUCAGCCGGCGCAGAGAUUGUGACACUAUCGGCUAUUGACUUUGACGCUGGAGAUGUCGUAUCAUACCGUAUAGUCGGCGGGAAUGACGACAACUGUUUUGCGUUAGAUUCUGGCACGGGCGUGUUGAGUUUAGCUUGUGAUCUAGCAUCAGUCCGCGCUGACAGCCGAGUCCUUAAUGUAACUGCUACUGACGGGACACAUUUUGCAGAUCCAACGUCACUAGUACUCCACCUGACAGGAGCAGGGGCAGGGCCAGCGUCAGGUGCUUUAGAAUGCCGAGACACUGGCGUAGCGCGACGUCUAACCGAACUACUAGCAGCUGCAGAACGUAGCAACGCCCCUUUAGACGCUGAUGAAUUCCCGUUAGCACCCUCACGAUAUGGCGAGAAUCUACACGCACCUGAAUUCAUAGAUUUCCCUGUGGAAGUUAAAGUGAAUGAAUCAGUAGCGCUUGGAACGACGCUAGUGCGACUAACAGCUAGGGAUAGAGACCUGGGAUACAACGGGCUUCUAACAUUCGGAAUUUCUGGUGGUGAUGCGGAUUCCGCCUUUAGAAUAGAACCUGACACGGGCGAGCUGCAAGUUAUUGGUUAUUUGGACCGUGAGCGUGAAAGCGAAUACUACCUCAACGUAUCCGUCUGGGAUAGCGGAAAACCACGCCGCUCCGCAUCCCGUUUACUACCAGUCACAGUUCUAGAUGUCAACGAUAAUGCUCCACGCUUCGAAAAGACUUUAGCGUCUUUUAGAGUGACAGAGAACGCCAUUAAUGGUACAGCGAUUUUCCGCGCAAACGCAACCGAUCGUGACGCAGGUGAAUUCGCGAAGAUUACAUAUAGUUUAGCUGGCGGUGCUGAUGGUGAAUUCUGCGUAGAGCGCGAUACAGGAAUGCUACGCGUUUGUGCAGCUUUAGAUAGAGAAAGAAGAGCGUUAUACGAACUUACCCUUCGAGCAACAGACGGUGGUGGUCGCUCAGCGGACGCAUUAGUCCGAGUAGCGGUAGAUGAUGUCAACGACUGCCCGCCUCACUUCGGCCUCUCAUCCUACUCGGCUCGCAUACCUGAAGACGUACCUCGUGGUACGUUAGUUGCAGUGCUGGAUGCGUUUGAUCCGGACCUGGGUGCCGGUGGCCAGGUCACCUACUCGCUGCCAGAUCAGGGCGAUGACGCUGUGUUCGUUGUGGAUGAACGCUCGGGUGUGCUGAGGACAAACAAACGACUCGAUUUUGAAGAGAAGCAGGUGUAUGGCGUAACAGUUCGCGCGACGGACGGCGGGCAGCCCGCGCUCUGGUCCGAGGCCACCCUCAUAGUUGAAGUAUUAGACGUGGAUGAAAACGCGCACGCUCCAACGUUCGCUGAACGCGUUCUGACUGGCUCAGUCCGGGAAGAUGCACCUAUUGGGACUAAGGCGUUGCAUGCUUUAGCUACGGAUGCUGACCCGCCGGGGAGAGAUUCAAGACUGGCUUACUACAUUGUAGGAGGAUCUGGGAUGGCGCAUUUCUCUAUAGAUGAUACUGGUGUAAUCCGAACGCUGUCCCCUCUGGACCGUGAGAACAUACCGCACUACUGGCUGACGGUGUGCGCUCAAGACCAUGGACUCGUGCCGCAACAUACCUGCGUUGAGGUCUACAUCGAGGUGGAAAACGUGAACGACAUGGCGCCGUGGCCGGAACGCGCAUCGUACGCCUCAUCCGUACCGGAACACUGCGUCGCCGGCACAAGAGUAGCCGUCGUGCACGCUGACGACGCCGACGAUACGCCGACUCCAUCUAACAUAACGUAUACCAUUGUCGCUGGCAAUCCAGAUGGGCUGUUCUCUAUUGAUGAAAAUACAGGCGAGAUCGUAACGACGGGCCGCACGCUAGACCGUGAAGCGACUCCCCGGCACGCGCUAGAAGUCUCCUGUUCAGAUGGCGAGCUGGCAACAACCGUCCGUGUUUUGGUCACGUUAUUGGAUGUGAACGACCAUGCGCCGGCGUUUACGCAGCGUUUCUACGAGAUCAGAGUACCGGCGGCUGCCGCUAUGCAGGCUGAUCAAGCUGAAGAGGGUGAAGGCAGCAGCGCCGAAUGGGACAGCGAUGACGAGGACGACGGAUCCGGCGUGCGUCCGGCCUGGGACGAGGACAACGAACCAACUGGCGCCUACGUCGCUACCGUCGCUGCGCUGGACGACGACUUCGGCGCCAAUGGCACUGUCAGAUACAGCUGGCGGGCGAGGGGAGCGGCGCGCGGGGUGUUGAGAGUACAAGCCAAGUCUGGAAAGAUCUAUGCUACUAGAGCGUUGAGGCGACAUGACGCUUUUGAUAUUACGGUCCGCGCGUGUGACGGCGGGUCCCCGGCCCGCUGCGGCGUGGCGCGCGUGGCCGUGCGCGGAGCCGGCGGCGGCGGCGGCGGCGGGGCGCCCGGCCUCGCGGCCCCGGCGCCCCUGCAGGCCGCGGAGCUGGACGCCCCGGGCUUCCUGCUGCAUGUGCUGCAGGCGACCGAUCCGGAUGGCGACCGAGUCUAUUACGAUAUUGUUGAUGGCGACGAAUGGAACGAGUUCCUAGUGGGCCGCGAAGACGGCUCGCUGGUUCUAACGAAACGAUUAUUACACGAGCGACGCGAUCGUUAUGCACUCACCGUGUCUGCUAGCGAUGGAACUAACACUGCUACUGUUAUUGUAAACAUCACAGUAAUCAAUGACGCAAACGAAGCAGGCGUCUCUUUCUCUCGCGAAGAAUACACCGUCGACGUCUCCGAAUCCGCACGUGCAGGGGAGGCGCUAGCUGCUCUACGUGCCCAUACGGGGGAGGGAGAAGACGAGAGGGAGGGAGACAGACUGUUAUAUGGGCUACAUGCUGCGCGCGCGCCGGCUUCAGCGCGGCUGUUCCGUGUACAUGAGUUGACGGGAGUUUUGGAACUGGCUCAACCAUUAGACAGAGAAACAGCCCACAUUCACGAGCUGACCGUCUGGGCGCGCGACCAGGCCCCGCGCGCGUCCCGCGCCUUCGCCCGCGUCACUAUACGAGUACAUGAUGAUGAUGAACACGCACCAGAAUGGAGAAGAAGGCUGGCGGAGGCGAGGUUACCAAGGAAUGCUGCUGUUGGGACGUUAGUGGCAGCUUUAAGGGCGGCGGAUAGAGACGCGGGUGAUGCGGCGAGGAUAGAAUACUCACUAGCGGGCGGCGACGCAGGCCUAUUCACCGUGGACGCGGCGCUGGGCGACGUGUACCUGUCGGCUGCGCUGCCGGCGCCGCCCGCGCCGCGCGAGUACACGCUGGGCGUGCGCGCCGCCAACCCGCCGCCGCACCAGCGCGCCGCCACGCUGCCGCUGCACAUCACCGUCGUCGAACCCGACGUGGCUCCCCCACAGUUGGCAACAGACUCAUACGUAUUCGAAGUAGCCGAGAACGAGCCUCCCGGCGUAGUCCUCGGCGCCAUCGAAGCCCGCGGCGCAGCCCUACGAUACUCCCUACAAGGCGGCGAGGGACGUUUCGCCUUAAACCCGGCCGCUGGGCUAUUGGCCACUGCUGCAGAGUUAGAUUACGAAGAGACAAGCUUCUACAACCUUACUGUUACAGUGUUCGCAAUGGGUGGAGGCUCAGCAAUAGCUCACGUCGCGGUACACGUACUAGAUCGCAACGAAUUCCCGCCGGUCCUCAUCUCCCGGCGUUACCACGGCCGCGUGUCGGAAUCGGCGUCACGCGGCGCGCUGGUGUCGCGCGCCGACGCCGACGCGCCGCUCGUGCUCGCGAGCGCCGACGCGGACUCUCCGGCGCACCAGCAGAGGGCGUUCGAGAUUCUACAGCCGGCCGCGGCGGCGCUGUUCGCUGUCCACCCGACGACCGGCGCGCUGCUUAUUAGAGCGCCUUUGGAUUAUGAAACGGCGAAGAGACAUGAAUUUACUGUUAAGGUGAUGGACAUGGGCUCACCACGCCUGCCGUCCGACAGCACGGCCACAGUGAUCGUCGACGUCGAAGACGUUAACGACUGCGCUCCGGUAUUCGAACGAUCGUCGUACGACGCCACCGUAUUGCUUCCGACGGCGGCCGGUGUUUUGGUGCAAGCGCUGAAGGCCACGGAUGCGGAUCUUCCGGCGAAUGGGACGCUGAAAUAUGAUAUUAUUGAAGGCGACGCAGCCGGCGCGUUCACCGUCUCCCCAACCGGUUUAGUAACCGUAUCCCAACCGGACUUACUACCGGACCUCGCCCGUCUCCGCGUCCGUGCGUCGGACGGCCGCUGGUCCGGCACGGCACGGCUAACCGUACGCGCGCAUCCGGCAGAACCAGCCGGGCUGGCAUUUGCUCAGCCGGAGUAUUAUGGGGCUGUAGCGGAGAACAGUACGCGACCGGCGACGGUGGCGGUACUGUCCGUGCUCGGUGCGGCACUGAAUGAGCACGUUGAGUUCUCUAUACUGAACCCGGUUGAAGGCUUUGAGAUCGGCAUAACAUCGGGAGCCGUACGCAGCACAGGGCUGGCGCUCGAUCGAGAAGAACGCGACUCUUACGUUCUUCUCAUACAAGCUCGAAGUGGUACCGGCGCAGACGCCCGGAUAGCCCUAGCCCGUCUCGCCGUAUCCGUGACGGACGUGAAUGAUAACUGUCCCGUGUUCGUCGGCCGUCCGUACGCCGCCGCCGUGCCGGCCGGCGCCGAGCCGCAAGCGCCCGUGUUCACCGUCCGCGCUGAUGAUAGAGACGCCAACGACAACGGCGAGGUCCGAUACGAGAUGAAACGCGGUCACGGCGAACUCUUCCGCGUAGACCGUAAAACUGGCCAAGUAACUCUGAAACAGACCCUGGACGCUCACGCUUCAGUCUAUGAGCUGGUUAUAGCUGCCUUCGACGGGGGCUCACCACCUUGCGGGACUGAAGCCACACUUACGGUGCGCGUGUGGGCGGGCGGCGCGGCGCCGCGCUGGGACUCCGCCCACUACGUGCGGGAGGCGCGCGAGGACGCCGCGCCCGGCGCGCCGCUGGCGGGCCCGCUCGUCGCUCGCUCGCCGCUCCAGCGCCCGCUCAUAUACUCGCUCGUCGAUCCGCCUACAGAUACUUCUGGAGCACCGCUGUUUGAAAUACACUUCGACACAGCACCCGACAGAGGCAAUAACCCAUGUGCUCUGGUCCCGGCUCUACCACUGGACUACGAGCAAACCCGGGAGCUGGAGCUAGUGGUCCGGGCCACAGAUGGCGUGACGGGCGCAUCAGCGGACGCUUUAGUGACAUUACACAUUAUAGAUGUCAAUGAUUGCCCGCCGGAAUUAUCGCAGGACUUGUAUGAUGUGGAAGUUAGCGAGGCAGCUGCCGUUGGGACUACCAUCAUUACCUUCCACGCCAGAGAUAAUGACACCGGUGUAAACGGCGAGAUAACCUAUUCGCUCUCCGGCGAGAACUCGUCUCUCGCUCUCUUCUCUCUCGACGCCACCACCGGCGCUUUAGUACUAGCUGCCCCAUUAGACGCUGAAACAAGCGCUGAGCAUCGUCUACUAGUGACAGCGAAGGAUGGAGGCAGACCGGCGUUGGCGGAUACAGCGCAUUUGAGACUGCGAGUCAAGGAUGUAAACGACGCGCCGCCGAGACUCGAACGACCUGUAGUCAGCGCCCUAGUAAGCGAGGAGGCCGCCCGCGGCACGGUGCUGGCGCGCGUGGCGGCCUGGGACCCCGACGCCGGCGACGCCGCGCGCCUGCGCUACGCCACCGUCGACGCGCCGCCCACCUCCUUACUGUCCGUCGACGACACCACCGGCCUGGUCACCCUAACCGCACCUAGAGGAUGGCCGAAAGACUCCUCGAGAUCGCUAAAUGUUUCAGUCUCCGAUGGAGCUCACGCGGCGUUUGCGAGGGUGAAACUUACAGUGGUGCCCGCUAAUAGACACGCGCCGAGAUUCCCUCAUCUAGUGUAUGAGGCGAGGGUUAUGGAGAAUCUACCACCGCCUGUUUUGUUGACUACUGUGAAGGCCGAUGACGAAGAUGGCGGCGAGUACGGCACGGUGACUUACUCCAUCGACUCUGCGUUACUCCGAGAAACGUUCUCACUGGACGCUGCCACCGGCGCGUUGACCACGCGAGUGGCUUUAGAUCGCGAGGCUAAAGCUGAGUGGGAGGUACCAGUGGCAGCGCGUGACGGUGGCGGCCGCAUCCGCCACACCACAGUUCGCGUCCGCGUCCUCGACGCCAACGACCACGCCCCAGAGUUCCCCCUCCGAGAGUACCGCGCCUCCGCCCCUUACAACCUCCAACCACACAAGCCGUUCCUGACUUUAACCGCGCAUGACGCGGAUAUUGGAGAACAUGCGAGGAUACGAUAUGAGCUGUAUGAUGGGGAGUUGAAUUCGGAUGCGGCAGGACUGUUUGAGAUCGACGCGGUUACUGGGGCGUUGGCUUUUGCGAAGAACGCUUCUGGUUUUGCAUCCCGCUCAGUAGUAGUCUGGGCCCGGGCCCGCGACGGCGGCAACCGCGCCGGGUCCGCCGGCGUCGCCGUCUACGUGCUCGGCCCCGGAGAACGGGCCCCAAGGGUCCAGCCGCCGCCGCCGGCCCUGUUCCUAAGGGAAGACGCAGCUCCAGGAACGUUGCUGGCGGAGUUAAGGGCCGAUCCGACUGAGCCUAUCCCAAGAUAUCGGUUGGCGCCGGUUAACUAUGGAAAAGAUCAGUUCGCCCUGGACGAGCAAGGCCGCCUCGUUCUCUCGGCGCCCUUGGACCGCGAGUCAGCACGCGAGCUCCCCAUCGGGAUCCUCUGCGAAGGCCCAGGGUCUCCAGCCCCGGCCACUCUACUACUGACUACUUUACAUGUAUUGGAUGUGAAUGAACACGCGCCUACAUUCCACUCGCAGCCCUACGUCGUUCAUUUGGCUGAAAACACGCCUCCUCAUUCGACGGUCGUCAGAUUAAUGGCGACAGACCCAGAUGCCGGCUCUAAUGGCGAGGUCCAAUUCUCACUCGGCGAAGGCGGCGACUCAGCCCUAUUCGCCGUAGACGCUCGCACCGGCUGGGUGACGACCCGCGCCUCUCUGGACCGAGAAACGAAAGCGGAGUUACGAGUGCCGCUAAUAGCGAGCGAUCAAGCUCCUCAGAAACGAUCUAGUCGUGGCACACUCGUCGUACGAUUACAGGACUACAACGACUGUCCGCCCCGCUUCGAGCCGGCCACAUACUCCGCGUCCGUGCCCGAGGACGCUCCGGCCGGCACCGUAGUCGCCAAGCUAACCAUCACCGACGCCGACGCCACCACUUCCCCGCUCGCCUUCCUUGUGGCCUCCGGGGAUCCGAGGGCGAGGUUCCAGCUGAGGCCGUCGGGAGAGUUGCUGGUCGCGAGGCCGCUGGAUAGAGAGUUGGAGGAGAGCUAUGAGCUGAGUGUUAUAGCGACCGAUGGGAAGUUUGAUGCGCGAGCGACUGUUCAAGUAACUGUUACUGAUGUGAACGACAACCCGCCCUACUGCGUGCGGCACCGCUACCGCGCAUCCCUGCCAGAAAACGCGGCGGUCGGAACGCGCAUCGCCGCGCUGGAAACGACCGAUGCAGAUCUACCGCCGCACGACGCACUGAGAUACUUCCUCGAAGGCGAGGCUAAUGAGGACUUUACCAUUGACAAGGAAACAGGCGAAGUACGCGUAGCGCGCGCACUCGACCGCGAAACGCGCUCAUCGUACGCGCUCGCCAUGCACGCGCAAGACCGAGCGCGUGCGGCGUGGCGGUGCGCGUCGGAGUUGCUUGUUACUCUGACAGAUGUGAACGACAAUGCUCCGAGGUUCUCUGCGGAGCUGUAUUCUGUUACUCUGCCUGAGGAUGCAGAGUUGGGUACUCUGGUUGCCAAGGUUCACGCCACAGACCCUGAUCUAGGCUCCAACCGGCUCAUCACCUACUCAUUCGUGGAGGAAGAGGGCGGCGACGGCGGCGUGUUCUCUCUCUCACCGGACAGCGGCGUCCUUACGCUACGAGCGCCGCUUGACAGAGAAGCUGCCGCGUCGCAUCGAGUGUUACUGAGGGCUACUGAUGGGGGAACCCCGCCGAAGUCUUCCACGGCUGCUUUGCGACUGACAGUCGCCGACGUCAACGACAACCCGCCAGAAUUCGAGUUCCGCGAGUACCGCGCCGCCGCACCCGAACUCGACGCCCCCGGCACUGAAAUCCUCCGCGUGCGCGCCACCUCGCGGGACACCGGAGUCAACGCUGAAGUCUCAUACUCCCUAGUAGCUGGCGACGAUCGCGAGGAUUUCACUAUAGAUCGUGCAUCGGGAGCGGUCAGCAUAGCACGACCGCUCGACUACGAACGACGACGAGCUUAUUUACUAACGAUACAGGCUCUAGACGGCGGCUCUCCGCCGCUAGGCGAUCUUGCAACCUUGAAUAUCUCCGUUAUAGACGCUAAUGAUAACGCCCCUGUAUUCGCUCAAGCGUCUUACAACGCUCGCGUUCGAGAAGACGCGGCUAUAAAUACAAGGAUAUUACAGCUUAUAGCCGAUGACGCCGAUGAUGGAGCUAAUGGAAGAGUCACUUAUACUAUCGCAAGGGGUGACCGCGAUGGGCGAUUUAGUAUUGACGAAGACACCGGUUAUAUAUCUGUGGCUGCGCCUUUAGAUCGAGAAACUGUUUCGACUUAUUCACUUGAAGUUCGCGCUAGGGAUCGAGGAUUACCAGCGCUUGAAGCUUCCGUACGAGUUGCAGUUGAAGUGUUAGACGCUAACGAUAACCCGCCUCUAUUCGAACGAGCUAACUACUCUGUAGUGGUCCAAGAAGAUAGACCAUUAGGACAUGCAUUGUUGAAACUAGGAGUGACAGAUGCGGAUGCGGCACCUAACGCAAUGCCGUAUACAUUUGAUUUUCAAGCGGGCAACGAAGCGGGCGCGUUUAGAUUAGAACAGGAUGGUACUUUACGAACCGCUGCACGCUUCAACCAUCGCAUUAAAGAACGCUACGCGUUACAAGUCCGUGUAUUUGAUAAUGGCGCACCGCCUUUGUAUAGUGACGCUUGGAUACACGUACGAGUUAUAGAAGAAUCUCAAUACCCGCCUGUAGUAACACCUUUGGAAAUCCAAGUGAAUUCAUACUUAGACGAAUUCCCUGGCGGUGUACUUGGUCGAGUAGUAGCCUCAGACAGAGACGCUUACGAUACUCUAACAUACGCUAUAGCAGCUCCAAAGCCUCCGCUUGGUCUUUUCGAGAUUGAUGCAACAGAUGGUACGCUUCGAGCGGCACCGCGUUUAGACGUAGGCGAAUACAAGCUUAACGUGACAGUUGCUGAUGGAAAAUUCAUAUCACAUGCUACAGUUCGAGUAACGGUACUUCUAGUAUCAGAUGCGUUACUAGCUCAAGCGGUGGUAGUGCGUUUCCGAGCCGUUAGUGCGGAGGACUUUGUGUUGAGUCACAGGAAGGGGUUUAUACGUGCCGUGCGUGAGGCGGCGGACUGUGAGCCGGGGGACGUGGUGCUGUUGGGCGCGCAGCCUGAAGGCGAGACGGAGGAUUGGGAGGAAGGGACGAGAGCGAGACGGCAGGUGGCCCGCGACCUCGACGUGGCUCUAGCCGUCCGCGCGAACGGCGGGUGGCUAGCCGCGGACGCGCUCCGCCGUCGCUUGCACGCGCACCUCGAGCGCUUAGAAGAGCGUGCGCGACUGGUCGUAGAAGAGCUGGUGCGGGCGGCGUGCGGCGGAUGCGUGCACGGGGCGUGCGCGGAGCGGGUAGAGCUGAGAGCGGAGCGGUCGCGGGCGGUUAUGAGCGAUGUCUUCGCUUUAGUGGCACCACCUUUGAGGUUACGCGGGUCUUGUGCCUGUGAGCCGGGCUGGGCGGGGCCGCGAUGCGAGCACGAAGCCGAGUGCAGCGGGGUGGAAUGUGCGGCCGCUGGCCCUCGAGUCCUUCAACUAGCGGGCGACGGCUACGCGUGGCUGCGCGUCGAGCGCGGUGCGGUAGCGGGCGAGCGUGUACCAGAAGACGAGUUAGCGUUAACGCUGCGUUUCCGCACUAGACGCGCGGCCGGCACGCUGCUCUGGCUGGCCGGGAAGGUUGACUACGCUAUACUUGAGGUCGUGGAAGGCUUCGUGCAGUUCCGUAUGGAGCUCGGCUCCGGGCCCGUGUCUGUGCGCUCAGCAGUACCUGUAGCGGACGGGGAGUGGCACGAACUGAGGCUUGAGCGGCGGGGAGCUGGCGCCAGGCUCACGGUGGACCGCCGCGCAGUCCGCGGCGCCGCGCCUCCCCCCGCCGCGUUGCUCGACGCACGCGCAGAUCGGCUUCUACUCGGAGCGGCUUUGGCUCGUCAUGCGCACGCGCUAGCACCUGAACAGGUGACCCGCGGCUUCGUCGGCUGCAUCACCGACGUCACUCUCGGAGGCACGCUGGUCCCUCUAGAAGAGGGCGCCGGCGCCGAGGAGGCCGCGGGGCCGCGAGUCCAACUCGUCAGGCGGGUGCGGGCGCGGCUCGCCUCCGCCUGCGCCCCGCUAGCGCCGCCGACGGCCUGCUCUGGCUACCCGUGUCUCAAUGGCGGGACGUGCCAUGAGUUAGCUAAUCUGUUGGAAGAGGGGGCGGAAGGCGAAGAAGGAUAUAGGUGUACGUGCCACGCGCGCUUCUUAGGGCGGCGUUGCGAAGUGGACGGGGACCCUUGCGCGGCGCAGCCCUGCCUGCACGGGGGGGUGUGCAGCGCGGCGCCGGCGGGCGCGGCGCGGCCCUUCGUGUGCGCGUGCGGCGCGGGGCUGAGAGGGGCGCGGUGCGAGCUGGGGAGGUGGUGCGGCGCGGAGGGGGCGCCCGUGUGCCAGCAUGGAGGGGCGUGUGAAGAGGGCGAAUGGGGUCCAUCUUGCCGCUGCCUGGGCUACUACGGUCCCCGCUGCGAGUAUGACGCGGACGAGUGCGCGGGCGAGCCGUGCCUUAACGGGGCCACGUGCCUUAACGAACCAGGCUCGUUCAGAUGUCUGUGCCCCCCGGAUAAGACUGGCAUGAACUGCGGCAACCCUCUCUACUCCGACGCCGUAAUGGCGGGCGGCAUCGGCGCGACCAACACCCGCUCCUUACGCGACGCGUGGCGCUGGGCCGUCGAGUCAAAAUGGCCGCUCGCCGCCGCCGCCGCCGCGCUACUACUGUUACUACUACUAGCGCUACUACCACUAGCGUUGCUAAGGAGAAGGACGAGUCAUCGUAGCGCGGAGAGCGCGCCGCUGAAUAGCGCUAAAGCGCCGCCGAGGACCAAAAUGUCUAAUUUGGCGGCGGCGCGGCCGGCGUCUUGCGCUAGUGCUACUGCUACGCUGAAUAACUUGGAUACGCUGCGGUCUUACGGAUCAGCAGGCGAUGAGCUGGAAGGCUUGCCGCCGGACAUAAGGAGGAACCUCAACGUCGAGCCGGCAGAACGCAAGCCGUGGUCGGAGCAGAUGCAUUUACACUCCUUCGUCGACAAUAAGAUUUAUAACGAUCUAAAAGGCUGCAAGAACCGCCUCCGCGCUACUUCCCCCGUCAGCGUGCGCCGCCUGCCGGCGUUGACCGGCGACGGCGCCGGCGCGCUAGUCGGCGGGUACCACUGGGACUGCUCCGACUGGUGCGGCGGGCAGGGCUUGCCCGGCAUCUCUGAGGUGGCCGGGUCGGAGCGGCCGGACUCGUCCGAGCCGAGCCCCCCCUCGCUGCCGUCGCUGCCCUCCCCCCCCGCGCGGCGCGCGCGCCCCCCCGCCCCCGCCGCGCACCCCCCGCCGCCCGCGCCCUUCGACACGGACUCCGCGCCGGACGACCUGGACAUGGACCACGACCCCCACCAGUUUACUGAUGCGUCGUCAUAUUUACUCCAUCCAGACACGUAUCUACCUCCUUGCGCAGACGAUACAACGGAGGCACAACCCUCCCCGGUCUCCCCUCGGCGUGAAACGAGAGUGCGUCGAGAUCCGGACGCCGCUAGUCUCAUUACCAUGCUCGAGGAGCGUCACUCGCUGCUCGGCGGCGGCUCGUGCUCGGACAUGUCGGCGCACCUGUGCGAGAUCGAGGAGAGCGACGACGAGGCCCCCCCACCCCCGCCCGCGCGGCACACCGACGUGUGACGCCGGCCGCGCGGCCUCUAGCCGCUGACUGACUAGUGUACA